AUGCCUUCUAAGCCAGACAGGCUAGCUGAGCUGAGGGCUCUUCGCGCCUCAGGAAAAAAACGAAUUUCAACAUACGAGAUCGAAGACCAGGGCGACAUUUACGAUGAAGUCGAUGACGAUGGCUACAAAAAGGUCAUCCGCAGCCGCCUCGACCAAGACGAUUUUGUCGUCGACGACAAUGGUGCUGGUUACGCAGACGAUGGCCGAGAAGUGUGGAAUGAACAAACAGUAGACUAUGCCAGCGAUGAGAGCGCAGAAUUACCCGCACGAGGUAAAGCUGCCAAGAGAAAGCGCGAUGAGGAGCAGCAGCGAAAGGAGAAGAUGAACAAUGGCAUCUCCAAGUAUUUCAACAGUGGACAGGCUGCUUCUUCCGCACCCAAACCAAAGCCUGUUGCCACUGCGGAGGACGAUGCAUUCAUGGCCGACCUACUCGGAGAAGUUGACACCAACGUCGUAUCGAACAAAGCCCCCACUCGAAACAUUGUGAAAUCAGAGGCCCGUCGCAAAGUUCGCGUUCUCUCUCCACCUUUGUCUGAAAAGCGUCGCCGCGAGAAGGCUCACCCACGAGACGAAAACGACAUGCCAAGUUCACCAAUGAAGGACCAAGCACUGCACUCCGAUGACCUCGACGAUGGCCCACUCCCGAUGCCAGACGACGAUGAUGUUCCUAUGAGUGAUAUUUUGCCCUCGUCUCCAAUCAGCAAGGCAGUAGAGCGCAGGAAAAUUGUGCCUGUCAAGGCCGAGCAACCCGAAGAUGAUGAUAUCGACCUGAUGGACGUCGCAGAAGUAACAGGCGACUCCGGCGUCAAGACAGAAAGCAUCAAUAUGACUGGAAGCCGGCCACCCCCCAAGAUCAAGAACGAAGUCAUCUUAGAGCCGGCCAGUUCAUCCCCAGUCAAGUCUAUGCCGGAAGUCAUGGAUCCUUCUUGGAAUGACGUACGAAGCAAGUUGAAUGUGCUCAGCAGCCCGGCCCCGGAAAUGCGUUCCUUCGGAAAACUGCGUGCCCAAGAUGUAGUUGAAGAGGAUGGUAGCCUGCGCAUCUUCUGGUUGGAUUACACCGAAGUCAACGGUAGUCUCUGCUUGUUUGGAAAGGUGAAGAACAAGCAGAAUGGGUCCUACACCAGUGCCUUCGUCAAGGUCGACAACAUCUUGCGAAAGCUCUACUUUCUUCCUCGGGAAUACAGACACAAGCAUGGACGCGCAACGGAAGAGGAGGUUGACAUGCAAGACGUCUACACCGAGGUCGACGAAAUGAUGUCCAAGCUCAAAGUUGGCAUGCACAAGAUCAAAGAAUGCACGCGGAAGUACGCAUUCGAAAUGCCCGGUGUCCCGAAAGAGGCACAAUAUCUCAAAUUACUCUACCCUUACGAUAAAACCGCGUUACCGAUGGAGACCAAAGGCGAGACUUUUUCCAACGUCUUUGGUACCAACACCUCCCUCUUUGAACAGUUUGUUCUCUGGAAGAACAUCAUGGGCCCAUGCUGGCUUAAAAUUGAAGAGGCCGACUUUGCUGCAGUCACGAAUGCAUCGUGGUGCAAAUUUGAAUGCCAAGCUACUAAACCAGCCCUCAUCAGUCCUAUUCCAGAUUCCGAGAAUAUGGACACCCCGCCUUUGACAUUCAUGAGUCUCGCUUUCCGUACGCAGCUCAAUGUCAAAGAGAACAAACAGGAGAUUCUUGUGGCGAGUGCCAGAGUGUACGAGGACAUUUCUCUCACUGAUACUACUCCCCCCGAGAAACUCCCCUGUAAGACAUUCACUGUUAUGCGACCUGCUGGUAGUUCCUAUCCAAUGCACUUCGAAGCUGAAGCGCGACAACAACGUGGCACGGUGAUUUUGGAAAGGUCCGAGCAGUUCUUGCUCAGCAAGUUCCUUGCUUUGUUUGAGAAGAUGGAUCCCGAUGUCAUCAUGGGUCACCAGCUGCAGGAUGUCGACUUGGGUAUUCUGCUUAGCCGAAUGCGCGAGAAGAAGACACCGGGCUGGCACCGUAUUGGUCGGCUCAGACGUGGAGAUUGGCCUAAGAACUUCAACAAGGGCGGCAACUUCUUUGCGGAAAGGCAGUUGAUUGCCGGAAGAUUGAUGUGUGACAUAGCCAACGAUAUGGGCAAGUCUCUCAUGAUGAAAUGCCAAUCGUGGAGUCUGACUGAGAUGUGUCAACUCUACCUUGGCCAAGGCCACGUGCGACAGGAGUUGGAUACUGAGGCCGCAUUGAAGACUUGGGCAACUACAAAGGAAGGCCUCAUGAAUUUCGUCAAUCAUUGUGAUACAGAUACAUAUUUCAUUGCGGCAUUAGUCCUGCGUCUUCAAAUGCUGCCGCUCACAAAGGUUCUGACUAACAUCGCUGGUAACUCAUGGGCACGUACACUUAGCGGCACACGCGCAGAGCGAAACGAGUACAUUCUACUCCAUGAGUUCCAUCGAAACAAGUACAUUUGCCCUGACAAGUAUUCUUCCCGUCUCCAGAAGGCGGAGGAGAAGAUGAUGCAAGAUGGCGAGGAAGAAGAAGCGGUCGACAAAAAAAAGAAAGACAAAUUCAAAGGUGGUCUCGUGUUUGAGCCCGAAAAGGGCCUCUAUGACAGAUUUGUUCUGGUUAUGGAUUUCAACAGUCUGUAUCCCAGUAUCAUCCAAGAGUACAACAUUUGUUUCACCACGGUGGACAGAACAGCUUCGGUCGAAAAUGAGAAUGAAGAAAAAGUACCCGAUGUUCCCUCUUCGGACCAGGAUCAAGGCGUGCUUCCUCGGCUGAUUGCAACUUUGGUUGGCCGUCGACGCGAAGUGAAAAAGUUGAUGAAAGACAAGCGAGCCACGCCUGAACAACUGGCUUUGUGGGACACAAAACAAAUGGCCUUCAAGCUGACUGCAAACUCCAUGUACGGAUGCUUGGGAUACACACAGAGUCGCUUCUAUGCUCGCCCACUAGCUAUGCUCACCACAUUUAAGGGACGUGAAAUUCUGAGGAACACCAAGGAACUAGCCGAAAGUCAGCAACUGCGAGUCAUUUAUGGCGACACGGAUUCAGUCAUGAUCAACACUAACAUGGACAAUAUGAGUGAUGCUCUCAAGGUUGGAGACGAGUUCAAGAAAUCAGUCAACGAGCGCUACCGCCUUCUGGAGAUCGACAUUGAUAAUGUUUUCCGUCGUCUCCUGCUUCAUGCCAAGAAGAAGUACGCUGCUGUCAACCUGACUGAGGUAGAUGGCAAAUAUGUCGAAAAACUUGAGGUCAAGGGUCUUGAUAUGAAGCGACGUGAAUACUGCGCCCUUUCGAAGGAGGUUUCAUCGAAGCUUCUUAAUGAGAUACUGUCUGGCGAGGAUCAAGAAAUCGUCCUCAACAAGGUUCACGAGUAUCUGCGCGAGCUUGCCGACAGAAUGAAGGAGUACACCAUUCCUGUCCAGAAAUAUGUGAUCUACACGAAACUUUCGAAACGACCCCAGGAGUACCCCAACAAGGAGAGUAUGCCUCCAGCACAAGUUGCUCUUCGUGACAUUGCCCGAGGCAAGAAUGUUCGGCCUAACGACGUCAUCUCAUACAUUGUGACAAACGGAGACUCGGAAACCUCGUCUCUGCCGCCUGCCAAGCGGUCGUACAGCCCGCAGGACGUGCUGAAGGCAGGUUCGGGCCUUAAGCCAGACGUCGAGUUCUACAUCCUCAAGCAAAUAUUCCCUCCUAUUGAGCGUCUCUGCGCUCCAAUCCCUGGAACGGAUGCCGUCCGCCUCGCUGAAUGCUUGGGUCUUGAUACUCGCAAGUACCAAAUCCACACCUCCAGUUCGAACAACCAGCAAAACGCCGAGAUCUUCCCACUUGAAUCUCAAAUUCCAGACUCUGUUCGAUUUGCUGAUUCCACACGACUCAACUUGAGAUGUCGAUUCUGCAAAGAACAGUCUGUAUUUGAGGGUCUGGCAGCUUCAUCGCACAUGUGCACCUCUCAGGGAAUUGUUUGCCCCAACCAGCGCUGCCAGAAACCCUUCUCAGUCUUGACCAUUGUCGCCCAGCUGGAGAAUCAGAUCCGUGAACAAACCUCACGAUACUACGAAGGGUGGUUGGCUUGCGACGACUCAUCAUGUGGAAACCGCACACGCCAAAUCAGUGUGUAUGGACAUCGCUGUCUCGGUCCUCGUGGUCGGGCAGAAGGCUGUCUGGGUCGCAUGUCUUACGAGUACUCCGAGAAGGAGAUCUACAACCAGCUCCUCUACUUUGCGGGUCUCUGGGAUGUUGACAAGGCCAAGAGUGCGGCGGAGAAGGAGACGGGGGAGAAGAAGGACAGCAUCGCCGCCCUUGUAGAAUUCAAUCGGAUAAGAUUUGGUACGAUCAAGGGUGUCGUCGACAGCUACUUGAAGAAGUGUGGACGGCAAUGGGUUGAGAUGGAUGGUCUCUUCCGCUUCAUGUUACAAUAA